GUGUGUGUGUGUGUGUGUGUGUGUGUGUGUGUGUGUGUGUGUGUGUUUAUGGAUACCAGAGCUGUUUGAAAUGGCACUAGUUUCUUUGUCUGGCUUAUGUGUUCUGCUUUUUGACUUUCAGCUCUGCUUUGGAGCUCCAGCCUCAGGCCCAGUGUUCCUGUCCGGUCAGACAGCCAACAGUGUUCUGCAGAGACACAAACGCUACAACACUGGUGUAUUUGAGGAGCUGCUGAAAGGCAACUUGGAGAGAGAGUGUAUGGAGGAAGUAUGUAACCUCGAGGAGGCCAGGGAGAUCUUUGAGAAUGAUACACAGACAAUGGAUUUCUGGGAGGGAUAUGAAGAUGGCAAUCAGUGUAAAUCAAGACCAUGUCUGAACCAUGGGUCAUGCAAAGACAACAUUGGCUACUACACCUGCACAUGUCCGUCUGGCUUCACUGGUAUGAACUGUGAGAUUGUUAUAGAAAAAAGGUGUGAUGUAAAUAACGGACACUGCAUGCACUUCUGUGAAUCAAUGGGAACCAUGGGAGCAAAAUGUUCCUGUGCAAGGGGAUACAGGCUGAUGCAUGACGGUGUUAAAUGUGAACCAGAAGUUGAAUUUCCAUGUGGCAGAACUGCCCUGACAGAGAUUGGUGGAGUAUCCAGAAGGUUGCUGUUCAGCAAUGGAAAUGCAAGUCUGCGGAACACCACUUCACUGACCAACAUCACCACUAUUGCAUCCCCUUCCUCAAUUCCAGCCCCAACCUCGGUGCCUUUUCCUGCCACAAAUGACUCUGUAAAAAACAAGUCCAGAAAGAAAUUACCCCUGUGGGUGUAUCGUGACACUGAAGUCCCCAUUGAGGUCCCCACUGAGGUCCAAACUGAGGUCCCCACUGAGGAGCCAAUUAGGCCUUUUAAACGCAUCGUAGGUGGUGAGAUGGUAAUCCCAGGGGAGAUCCCAUGGCAGGUAGCCUUGAUAGCGCGUCCCAGUGGUGAGAUAUUCUGUGGGGGCUCCAUUGUCAGUGAACAGUGGGUUAUCACUGCUGCUCAUUGCCUGGUGGAGGCAAAAGGCGCCUACUUCAUCAGAGUAGGAGAGCACAACAUCUACAUCAACGAGGGCACAGAACAGGAUUAUGACGUGAAGAGGCAGCAUGUGCACCCUCGAUACAACAGCAGUGUAAGCUUGUACAACCAUGACAUCGCCCUGCUGUACCUUAAAAGCCCCAUCACCUUCUCCACAACUGUCCGACCCAUCUGCAUCGGACCCAGGGCUUUUAUUGAGGCCCUAGUGAAGGAGUCUUCCCCAGCCACUGUCAGUGGUUGGGGGCGAACACGCUUCCUCGGGUUCACAGCUAACACUUUGCAGAAAGUUGAGGUUCCCUUCACAGAUCGAACAGAGUGUAAGCGGCGCAGCAGUGCCAGGAUCACUAGCGUGAUGUUUUGCGCAGGAUACUAUAAUGAGGCCAAAGAUGCCUGUCAGGGGGACAGUGGAGGUCCCCACACAAACAGUAUUCAUGACACUUGGUUCCUUACGGGCAUUGUGAGCUGGGGGGAAGAAUGUGCAAAGCAGGGGAAAUAUGGUGUGUACACCCGGAUGUCCCUUUAUUACAGCUGGAUCAACCAUGUUAUGGGCUUAACUAAACACAGGCUAGCAUUUGAUGUGGAGGAUCCUGACCCUGAAAUUUAAAGGUUAUAGAUUUUAAAAAUAAAACUGAUUAACAAAUGUUCAAAUCUUCUUUUUGCUUUCAACUUCAAAGGAUAUAAGUUAGGUAUACAUAACUA